AUGCAUCUCAACACAACUUCUCCCCUCUACCAGCUGGGAUACCUUAUGAGCGAGUUUCACCUGCCCUCCGCUAAUUCUGUCCUGCCCGAGGCGGAGAAUCUCUCCAACGGUUCAGGGCUUGGGUCCGUGAUCCCACCCAACGAGGAGGAUCUGGAUGUGAACACGGACAUCUACUCCAAGGUGAUGGUGACCAUCAUCUACCUGGUGCUCUUCCUGCUGGGGACGGUGGGCAACUCCAUCACCGCUUACACCCUGGUGAGGAAGAAGUCCCUGCAGAAUCUCCAAAGCACCGUGCAUUAUCACCUGGCCAGCUUAGCCUUCUCCGAUCUGCUCAUCUUCCUCCUCUGCAUGCCCAUCGAACUCUACAACUUCAUCUGGGUCCAUCACCCCUGGGCUUUCGGCAACGACAUCUGCAAGUGCUACUACUUCUUGAGGGAUGCUUGCACCUACGCGACGUCUCUCAACAUCGCCAGCCUCAGCGUCGAGAGGUACAUGGCCAUCUGCCACCCUUUCAAAGCCAAGAGCAUCAUGUCCAGGAGCCGGACCAAAAAAUUCAUCAGUUGCAUCUGGGUGGCCUCUUUCCUGCUCGCCAUCCCGAUGAUCUUAAUCAUGGGCGAGGUCUACAGGAUGCCCCAAAAUCCCGACUCGCUGGUCUGCACCCAGAUUGUGGACGAUUCCACGCUGAAGGUUGCCAUUCAGGUCAAUGUCUUCAUCUCCUUCGUUUUCCCAAUGGCGGUUAUCUCCGUCCUCAACACCAUCAUAGCCAACCAACUUAUUAUCAUGUUCAAGCAAGCGGCCCAAGAACACCAAGUGUGCACGAUUGGAGGACAGCAGACCAUGCUCAGCAUGUCCAUGGAACCUGGCCGUGUUCAAACCUUGAAGCAUGGAGUUCGGGUUCUACGUGCCGUUGUGAUUGCCUUUGUGGUGUGCUGGCUUCCAUACCAUGUGCGGCGGCUUAUGUACUGCUACAUCUCAGAAGAUCAGUGGUCAGACCUCCUUUACGACUUCUACCACUAUUUCUACAUGCUGACGAACAUCCUCUUCUACGUCAGUUCGGCCAUCAACCCGGUCCUCUACAACCUGGUCUCCACCAACUUCCGCCAGAUCUUCUUCUCCACCUUCGUUUCCGUAUGCCUGCCGUGGCGAAAGAAGAAGAAGAGAACCAAGUUCAACAGAAAGUCCAACAGCCUCUCUAGUAACCAUACUUUUUCUAGCCAGGUCACCAGAGAAACUACCUAUUGA